AUGAUGGUUGUCACAUUCUUUAGGAUGACGCCUCAAAACCUCCUUGAUUUUUAUGCCAGGAAAAUGUCUCACUUUGACAAGGAACAAGAGGAUUUCUUAAAGGAAAUUCAAAGAUUGAAGGUACUGAUUGACAAGCAGUUUGAUUUGGAGGAUCGAUUGCAGCAAAGAGAGAACGAGAUAUCUCAGCUUCAGGACUCACUCAGUGAUGUUCAGCUCAUGUUAUAUGAAGAGAGAGAACAUGGUUUGAAACUUCAAGCUGAGAAUGACAAAUUCCAGAUUCAGGCCUUGGAAAGCAGAAAAAAGAUAGAUUUCUUGCUUGCUCUGAGUGGGAAGACAGAAGAGGAAGUAACAUAUAUCAUGACAAAACCUCCCCAAAGUCUUGUCUGGAAAAACAAGAAUGGAAGAGCCAGGAAGGCAGAGUCUGAGAGUCAAGGAUUGUGUGGUACAGCCACUGUCAGGGGUGAGAGGAGAGAUACUGAAGAUGUCCAGUCUUUGAAACUCAUGAUGGAAAGUCUCAGGACGCAACUGACCUCUCAUGCACAUCUCUGUCGGGAACAUAAGGCUGCUUUUGAGGCUGAGCGUCAUGUGCUGAGGCAAGAAAAGGAGGUAGUAAUUCAGAGGAACACUCAGGAAGUCCGUAGGCUAUCCCAACAGGUGAAGGAAAUAGAGGAGGUCCUGCAAGGAAAGUUGGAGCAGAUAUUAGGCUUGCAGAAGAAAGUGAGACAUCUGGAAGGCCAACUGGCAUCUCAUCAUGAUUCUGUUCCACCAUCAUCCUUAUUGGGACAAAGUGCAACUCUCCCAUCUCGUUCAAGGAGUCAUCAUAACCUAGCUGAUCAAAGUGGAAAUAUGCAGAAGCAAAUCAAUGAUUUGAAGGCCAAACUUCAAGAAGCAAGAAGUCAGGCAGAGAAUUAUAAAUCGCAAGUGCUCAGCUUGGAAGCUCAACUCUGCCAAGAAAGAGAAAAUAUGUUAUCUCUUCAGGAAUCUCAUCAGGUUCGAAGCAAAGCAAUGAAGGAAGAGGUGACAUUAUUGAGGAAGAAGUAUGAGGAGUUGGAUAGACGAAGACGUCUAGAAUCUGAAGGCUUCCGUAGAGACAUUGCAGAUCUGCGUAAGCAGUUGGUGAAAGUAGAAAGUCAGUUAGUCAAGGCAAUUGUGGUUGGGGCAGCUGAUGUUGACAGGGAAGACCAUGCCAUCCAAGCUCUUUUGGCUUCAGCUCAAAGAGCUCGCCAACUUCAAGCCCAAAUCCUUAGAGCUGUCACGAUAGCAGUUUUCAAAACAUCGAUGCAUCGACCUGAACUAUCGAUAGUGUAUCGAUGCAUCGGGUGGGGGCGGGAGGAUUCCAUCUUUUCUCACCGCGAUCAGAGGGCGGACCUCUAUCCGGCUUCUAUUAUCUCACGUUGUGGCAGAAAAAGUAAUCUGGCCAAGUCUGGUGGAAGGACGGGAAAAGCACGAUCUCAUAUCCUUGGACGGAAAGCCGCAUGCUGUCUAGGGAAGUUGGAAUACCGCCGUGGAAGUAUAUGA